UUCAAAGAAGAAAAAGGAAAGUUUGGUGAAUAGAAGUUGUAAGCAAGCAAGCCAAGAUUUGGAUCAUGGAGUUGGCUUGUCUUCCCCUCCUCCUCCUCUUGGUGCUGUUGGGUUGACUCUCUCCUGCUUUGCUUUUGUGCUGUUGCCUGUUGGCACUUGCCCUUGCCCUUUUUUCAAUUUUAUAUAUUUUCCUUUACUUGUUAAUAUAUAUAUAAAUGCCAUCUGUGUUCACUUCAUUUUUGCUUUUCCUUUACUGUUUCUCUCUCUUCCUUCUGUAGUUUCCUCCAUUGCAAACCAAGCUUCCUUUUCCAGCUUUCUGAGAGGUCCCUAUUUACUCUCUACAUACAUACAAGACCUGCUGACCAUUCAUCCAUCUCUGCUUUUUUUCCCACAAAAUUUUCAUUUUGAUAUACAAAUCUCUCUCUCUCUCCACAUUUCCCUUGAAACAUUAGAUUUUCGUCUGGCUUUCUUUGCCGUUUCUUUUAUCAUUGGCCGAAUUUUUUUUUUUUGGGCCCACUACAGCAGCCACUGUGCUUCUAAAGUACUCCUCUCUGCAACUGUGCUUUUUGGAGGCUUCUGGGUUUUGGUGGGUUUGCGUUAUUUGAAGACUGAGGUCUACAUCGGCCCAUCUAUGCUUAUUGAAUCUCACUUGCAUCCAAAAAGAGAAGCCCUUUCUUUGCUUUUGUGGGUGUUCGAGGAAGAAGAUCAAGGGGGCUAAGCUUAUACCCUUGGAUCGCUGCAAAGGUGGGCAUGUGUCGAGUUAUUGGCAUAUAAGCACGACCACCUAAUACAAUUUUGACCGUGGAGGAUCCCAGAUGUCGUCUGAGAAUCUGAAUGCAGAACUAUCAAAGAAGACAUCAUUUUUGGGUUUAAAAUUAUGGGUGUUAAUUGGAGUAUCUGUUGGAGCAUUUAUAAUUUUGAUUCUUUGUAUCCUGUCUUUAUGGGUUACAUUUCGGCGGAGAACUAGAAGAUCAGUGGACAAGUUCUCACUUUCUCAAAUACCAAAUGUGUCAAAGGAUAUCAAGGUUGACAGGGUUGGGGCUCAGAGUUUGAAUGAUCACCCUGAAAGUUUAUUCCUCACAGUCCAUGAUAAAUCAACAGACAAGAAUUCAGAAAAGACAUCAGUUCAUUUGGGAUGGAGCAAAUUGAGUGAUCCUGAUAACAUCAGCCAAACUAGUUCAAUUUAUCACCAUGAAAGAGGAUUUAGUUCACAUUCAUGGGAAGAAGGAAGCUCUGGAACUGCAAGGAAGCAAUCUUCAUUGUCAUAUGCAGGACUUGUGACAGCCUCCCCCUUAGUUGGCUUGCCAGAAAUUUCCCAUCUUGGAUGGGGCCACUGGUUUACUCUUAGGGAUCUUGAGUUUGCAACAAACCGUUUUGCUGCAGAGAAUAUAAUUGGUGAGGGUGGUUAUGGGGUUGUUUAUAGUGGUAGGCUAAUCAAUGGAACUGAGGUUGCAGUGAAGAAGCUUCUUAACAAUCUGGGACAAGCGGAGAAAGAAUUUAGGGUUGAAGUGGAGGCUAUUGGUCAUGUUCGUCACAAGAACCUAGUGCGGCUUCUUGGCUACUGUAUUGAAGGAGUACACAGGAUGCUGGUGUAUGAAUAUGUUAACAAUGGCAAUUUAGAACAAUGGCUACAUGGAGCAAUGUGCCAUCAUGGUACACUUACUUGGGAGGCUCGCAUGAAAAUUCUUGUUGGCACUGCUAAGGCGCUUGCCUAUUUGCAUGAAGCAAUUGAACCAAAGGUUGUUCACCGAGACAUAAAGUCAAGCAAUAUCUUGAUCGAUAAUGAGUUUAAUGCUAAGGUCUCUGAUUUUGGACUGGCCAAGCUCCUUGAUUCAGGAGAAAGCCACAUCACAACUAGAGUUAUGGGUACAUUUGGUUAUGUUGCACCAGAAUAUGCAAAUACUGGCUUGUUAAAUGAGAAGAGUGACAUUUACAGCUUUGGUGUACUGCUGCUAGAAGCAGUUACUGGAAGAGACCCUGUGGACUAUGCCCGGCCUGCUAAUGAGGUCAAUCUUGUUGAGUGGCUAAAGGUGAUGGUGGGGACAAGGAGAGCUGAGGAAGUUUUGGACCCAAAUCUUGAAGUUAAGCCAACAACACGAGCUCUAAAACAUGCUCUUUUAGCUGCAGUUAGGUGUGUUGAUCCUGAUGCAGAAAAGAGACCCAAAAUGAGUCAGGUUGUGCGAAUGCUUGAAGCAGAUGAGUACCCAUUUCGUGAGGACCGAAGGAACAGAAGAAGUCGUACAGCAAGCAAUGAAAUCGAGUCCCUGAAGGAGUCAACUGACAUGGAAAACAAGGUGGGAGAUCCAAAGAACAAUUUCGCUGAAACAAACCAUGAAUAGGACUGACAGAAAAAAAAAUGAUCCAGAAGAAUAGUUGAACUCAUCUCUUUAUUCAAAACCUUAAAAUACAGCUAAAAGAUUCACCUCCAGUUCCCUACAUGCAAAGGAGAAAAUGGAUACAAGAUUAGAUUAGUGGAGUGAUUGUCAUCUCCUAUGUCAGAGUUUCCUUUAUCAGUAAGCAUAAAUGAAGAGAUAUUUUCGAUGACAAAAAAACAGAUAAGAACUGUUGGACAAGGGGGAAGAGAGUUCUCUUGUUGUACAUCAUUGCUGAGGUGAGAUUCAAUUGGGUUUGUAUCUAUAUAUGAUUAAACUUGCUCUUUUGAUUAUUGUUCUUGAGAUAGUGAAUGACUUGUUUGGUCUCACUUUCCUUUCUUUUUUCUUAUACUUGUUAUGAUGUGAUAAAUUAAUUAUUUUGAAUUAGGGCAUCAAUGCCCUCUUUUUCUGUUUA